UCCCUCCCUCCGAGUGACGGUUGGUGGCGCGCGAAAGUGGGCGGAGCCUAGCGCGAGCCCUUUUUAGUUUUAUUUAUUUUUUUCCCUCGCGGCGACCGGUAGUUCUCUCAGGAGUUGGGGAGUUGCUGCUGCUGCUUUCGCGUGAGGAGGAAGAUUCCCUGCUUUCUCUCUCUCUCUCUCCCACAACAGUUAUCUUCAGUCUUAAGAAUCCGGUUCACAGAGGAUCACAGAGAAUUAAAGGAAGUUGCAGAUGUCUGUAAAGAAAGAAUCCUUGGUCACUUAGAAAUAUGGAAGACAGCGGGGCCAAACAGUUCGUGGAUGAUCCCUAAGGCGUACUAAAAGCCAGCUGAUGAAGAUCACUGCUAAUGACUCCGUUUGAUGUAUAUUGUACAACAUGCCUCAUUUGCAGAAUGAACAAGGUUUCAUUAUGCGGAUAAGUUAAUGAAGAAGAGUGAUAAGAAAUGAAUGCUCUUACCAUGCACUGAACAGCUUGUGAGAAUCCGGUGCUUAGGCCUGGGAAAAUGUCUGCUUGCAAUGCCUUCACUGAACAUGUCUGGAAACCAGGAGAAUGUAAAAACUGCUUCAAGCCAAAAAACAUGCACCAGUUGCCUCCAGCCCCUGAAAAACCUCCAGCUUCAAAUACGAAUCUAAAAACCAAUGCAACCCACAACAACAACCAGCGUUCAAGAAACACAGGGAAUUUCCGACCUCCUGUGGCAAAGAAGCCCACGAUAGCUGUGAAACCCACCAUGAUGACAGUAGAUGGACAGGUCAUAUGUGGUGAAGCCAGCUCACCAGAUCCUUGUGAGAACAAGCCAGUUCCUGGGGGAUGGAAUCAAAACAGAGCGGUUGCAAACAAGAAAACCCUGAACAAUAAUAACGAGGAAGACAUUGAAGGUUACAGCCACGCACAUCGGCCUUUUGGGAAUAGCGACGAGGUGGGUAAAUCUCCAAGCAACAAUAACGGACUGACGGAUGUGCUGAAAGAAAUUGCAGGUUUGGAGACCUCGUCUCAUCUUGCAGGAAAUGAACUUAAUUCCAGGGAAGCUUUCUUGGGAAGAAUCAACAACUGUUACAAGCGCUCAUUAGAAAGAAAGCUGCCUCCAAGUUGUAUGAUGGGUGGAAUGAAAGAUUCACAAAACAAGCACGUGGUUCUGAGUGGAAGUACGGAUGUCAUAAGUAACGAAGGGGGUCGUUUCUGUUACCCAGAAUUCUCCAGUGGGGAUGAAAGCGAGGAUGACCUCUUUUUUGGCAGCGUCCACGAAGACCACGAGAGCUGGGACGAAAGUGACGAAGAGCUGCUAGCAAUGGAGAUUCGUAUGAGGGGGCAGCCACGUUUUGCAAACUUUAGGGCUAAUACGCUCUCCCCGGUCCGGUUUUGUGUUGACAAAAAAUGGAAUACAGUGCCUUUAAGGAACAAGUCUCUCCAGAGAUUUUGUGCAGUGGAUUAUGAUGACAGUUAUGAUGAAAUUUUGAAUGGUUAUGGAGACGAACCCAUGAUCCUUUAUGGGCAAGAAAGCAUGCAGAGUAUGGUCUCAUCUGAUUCCAUGUCUCCGGACUCUUCUCUCACGGAAGAGUCUUGCUCAGGGACAGCCAGUAGUUCUUCCCAAAGGCUCUGUAAUGGUGCAUUGUCUCCUAGCACUCCUAAAGAAGAAGGAUAUAAAGGGUUUGGUGACGAUCAGCAACAAAAAGCUGCAUCGAAAAGCCCUCAGAAUGUUACCAAAACUUUGGAGACUCACAAGGCUGUGCUGGCCCUUCGGCUGGAAGAGAAGGAUGGCAAGAUGGCUGUUCAGAGUGAUAAGCCAGACUGCAGAAGUCCCUCAGGUUUGCCAGCUCAAGCAACAAAUCCUAAUGUGGUCCAUUCAGAAGAACAAGCCAAACCUUAUCGAGUAGUCAAUAUGGAACAGCCCAUUUGUAAGCCAUACACUGUAGUGGAUGUAUCCGCAGCCAUGACUCAUGAAUGUAAAGAAAACCAAGCAAAAAGCGUAGAUUCAAACAGUGCUCCGUCUAGUUCGUCUGACACUCCAAGUGCAAAUCCUGCACCUAAUUCUGUAUCCACAGGUCAAAUUAAUCCCAAUCUUAAAAAAUCGAGUGCAGUCAGGUACCAGGAGGUUUGGACUUCCAGUACAAGUCCACGACAAAAGAUCCCCAAAGUGGAGUUGAUUGCCAACGCUCCCGGACCUUCUGUACCCGUACGGAAAAACAUACAUAAAUCUGCCCCGACUUCGCCGACUUCCACAAACCUUUCUACGAAAACAAUCCCUGUGAAAUCUCCCAACUUGUCAGAAAUCAAAUUCAAUAGUUACAACAAUGCCGGCAUGCCACCAUUCCCAAUUAUUAUUCACGAUGAGCCAACUUAUGCCAGGAGCUCCAAGAACGCCAUCAAAGUUCCCAUUGUCAUCAACCCAAAUGCAUACGACAAUUUAGCUAUUUAUAAAAGUUUUCUGGGAACGAGCGGAGAGCUGUCUGUUAAAGAUAAAACCAGAAGUGUCAUCAGCCACACGUAUGAAGAAAUAGAAGCCAAAAGCACUGCUAGUAAAUCCGAACUUUUCCAAACAAAAGGUUCAGUGAAUAGCACUGAAAGAAAGAUGGGUUCUGUGGCUCAAAAGGUUCAGGAAUUUAACAGCUGUCUUGGUAAAGUUCAGGCGUCACCCAAAAACCCUGAUCCCAGCUCCCCAACAAACGUACAAAGGGCUAUUCAAAACACUGGAGCCAGAACAGACAAUUCACCGGAGGUCUCCAAUGGCGGUCGAGAAAACGCUUGCAUGGUGCUCUCCCAGAUUGUCGCUUCCAUUCAGCCUCCGCAGUCUCCCCCAGAAGCAUCUCAGAGUGCGCCCAAGUCUUGCAGUGCCGAAGAACUCUAUUCUUUACCCCCCGAUGCAGACGCAGGGAAAGGUGCCCCCCCAGUGAGGCCCAAAUCUCUCUUUACACUACAAUCCAAUGCUGAUGCUGAAGCCGUACAAUCCAUGGAAGUGAUAUCCAAGGAAAUCCCAUUAAAGUCACCGGUCGCUCAGUCCCCAAUGCUGGUGUCACCUUCCCACAGUUCCUCCAGCCCCAAAAGUGAGCAGGCUCCCCCAUUCCCUCCGCCCCGUUCCACAUCCUCGCCUUAUCACGCCAGCAAAGUGUUGCAACGCCAUUUCAGCAAUUGGACCAAACCCUUGAGCCCUGUCCGGUCGACAGAGGCGGAGUCUGUUUUGCACUCCGAAAGUCGGCGGGCUGUUGAUGCCAAGCCCAAGCGCUGGAUCUCAUUUAAGAGCUUCUUUCGCCGCAGAAAGACCGACGAUGAGGAAGACCGCGAGAGGGAGAAGGGGAAACUGGUGGGUCUGGACGGGACGGUGAUUCACAUGCUCCCACCGCCUCCGGUUCAGCGUCACAAUUGGUUCAGCGAGUCCAAAACGGAUGCCAGCGAGAAACCCUCAAUUGUUUUUAUGUUCAAAUGCGAACAAGCAAAGAUGGAGGCCAGAUCCAAUCAACAGAAGGCCGAGCUGGAAAGAGCCGAUUCUGCGACAAUAGAGAGAGAAGACGGAGAACAGUCUCCCGAGGUGUCAGAAGAAAAUUUGAGCAGCUGUUCUUCACCACCACAAGUUCCAAGGGAAAUUCUAAGCUCCCCAGACCCCAGAGGGAUCAAUGCUUCGCCAGAGUUUCGAGACAUGAUUAAAAGGCUCAAGAAGGCCCUGAGAGAAUUUCCUUUAAUGGGGAACUGUGUGAGUGAGUAUAGUGGUCGGGUGCCUGAUGAGCAAACGGUGGAAAAUUUGUCCCCUCGGAUUCCACGAUCUGUCUUUGAACAUCAGGGCAGCGGUGACAAUGCGUCCCUCACUCGGUUAUCUCCUCCGGAAACGCUACAAGGGGAGGAAGAAAAGGAAGACAUGUCUGAUUCCUCCGACAUCAGCGCCUGCAGUGCCACAUAUAGCAACUUAGGGCAAUCCAGAGCAACUAUGAUACCUCCAAAGCAUCCUCGGCAACCGAAGGGGGCUUUGGACGACGCCAUUGCUUUUGGCGGAAUAUCGGAUCUGGAAACGGCUCCCAGUUUACAUCCAACACCACCUCCCCUGCCAAAGAAAACCAUCCUAAGAGCUCAUACAGAACCAGUUCCAAAGGAACUCCAGAAACAAACCCUUGAAAACAGCAUGUGCGUGAUGGCCAACCCUACCUAUGACAUCGAUACCAACUGGGAAGCCAGCAGCGCCUGCUCUUCAGUCAGCUCAGAAUUCAAGGCAGUGGACAAUGAAUCAGGAGACUCCUUGGAUAGGCCUCCAACAAAAGGACUGGCAAUCUGCUCAUCCGCCAAUAGCUUUUCCAGCCUAACUGCUACCAGUACGAAGGACAGGGCUUCUAAUAGCGUGGAGUCUCUGUCAAGUCGACCUGCCACCCAUGGCAAGCAUAGCAAAACUGUCCAGAAGCCACAAAGGCAAGCACUUUAUAGAGGGAUUGAAAACAGGGGAGAGGUGGUGAGCAAGAUCCGAAGCCUUCACACUGACUCCCUGAGGAAACUGUCUGCUAAGUGUGAAGACUUGUUCAUGGCUGGACAGAAGGACCAGCUUCGAUUUGGCGUAGACAGCUGGUCGGACUUCAGAUUAACCAGUGACAAACCAUGCUGCGAAGCAGGCGAUGCUGUCUACUACUCUGCAUCUUAUGCAAAAGAUCCCGUCAACAACUACGCAGUCAAGAUCUGCAAGAGCAAAGCGAAAGAAUCCCAGCAGUAUUACCACAGUUUGGCCAUCCGUCAGAGCUUGGCUAUCCAUUACAACAUCCAGCAGGAUUGUGGCCAUUUCCUCGCAGACGUGCCUGUCCGGCUUCUUCCAUGGGAGGAUCCCAACUCCCCGGAAGAGGAGGAGGAAGAGCAGGAUGACGACGCGCAAAAGAACAAAGGAGGCCCUUCCUGUGCGGAGGUUUCACGGAAAGACAGUCCGAGCCCAGACGGGACCAUCAGUAGACAGCGCAGCCGGGUUGUGGUGAUCACCAGAGAGGUUCCUUAUCUGACCGUGGCAGACUUUGUGCGAGCAUCUUCCGAUCGCCAUGUGAAUAACCCAGACUUUUACGAAAGGCAGGUGUGCCUCCUCCUUUUGCAGCUGUGUUCUGGUCUGGAGCACCUAAAGCCCUAUCACAUCACGCAUUGCGACCUGCGCCUGGAGAACCUCUUACUGGUGGACUACCGGCCGGGAGGCACUCUCCUCAACUUUGACUCGGUGGAACCCACUCCGACGGCCGCUUGCCCCGCCAGGCUGAUAGUGAGCAAUUUCUCUCAGGCCAAGCAAAAGACUCACAUGGUGGACCCAGAAGUCCUGAAAGACCAGUCCCGCCUCGCUCCGGAGAUUAUCACGGCAACCCAGUACAAGAAAUGCGACGAGUUCCAAACCGGCAUCCUCAUUUACGAAAUGUUACACCUGCCCAACCCCUUCGACGAGAACCCGGAGCUGAAGGAGAAAGAGUACACGCGUGCCGACCUGCCCAGAAUCCCCUGCCGCUCGCUUUAUUCCCUGGGACUUCAGCAGCUUGCGAACUGCUUGCUAAACCCGAACCCCUCGGAGAGGAUCCUGAUAUCGGAGGCCAAGGGCGUCCUGCAGUGUUUGCUUUGGGGUCCCCGAGAGGACGUGUUCCAGACUUUCAGUGCCUCCUCCCGUCUGGCCCAAAGGGAGACGGUGCUCCAGAACUGGCUGGACAUCAAACGGACCCUGCUGAUGAUCAAGUUUGCCGAGAAGUCUUUGGACCGGGAAUGUAAAGUGAACCUUGAAGACUGGCUUUGCUGCCAGUAUUUGGCGUUUGCCACUACGGACUCCCUCAGCCGAGUCGUGAAAAUCAUGCAGCGGCGUUAAUUUAUGUGAGCUCUGUCCUUUCUCCAGCCACGUGCUGUGUGUGGAAGUGUGACACCUCUAGUCUAGGUCCCAAGGUUGCCAACACUGAGCAAACAGAUCCUGUCCGGAAGGGCUGUUUCCGGUUAGAGGUGCAAGAGGGAGGUGUGACACUCAUUGCUUAGUACGGCUAGCGACUGGGCAAGGGAGUGUCCACAAACGUCAAAGGGAAACCACUACUGCCGUUCUCAUUUUAUGCCCUGCGUUGCAAAGGAAAGCACCCGAAAUGAGUGUGAAGCCUGUCACGACUGAGCCAGCAGAAUGUAAGCCAUUUCUCACAAAGAUAGGCCUUCUUUCUUGUCAGCCCAGCCCAUCGAAAGUGUGACUCAGCCUCACUAGGUUUUGAAAUGCAGCUCUGAUUUUAUCCUUGGGAAUGAGAAAGCGCUUUGGACUCCAGCACGGGGUGGUGACUCAUUUGUAGCCAUUAGACGUCGGCAAUCCAUGGUUCUAAAUGAUUCUAAAGUACUUACAAAGUUAAGUUCUGGUGAUGAAAAUUAGGGGGUGCUAGGUGCUUUCUUGGGGAGCCCCUGGUGGUGCAGUGGGUUAAAACACUGAGCUGCUGAGCUUGUUGAUCGAAAGGUCGCAGGUUCAAUACUGGGGAGCGGUGUGAGCUUCCACUGUCAGCCCUAGCUUCUGCCAACCUAGCAGUUCGAAAACAUGCAAAUGUGAGUAGAUCAAUAGGUACCGCUCCGGCGGGAAGGUAACGGCGCUCCAUGCAGUCAUGCCGGCCACAUGACCUUGGAGGUGUCUACGGACACCAGCUCUUCGACUUAGAAAUGGAGAUGAGCACCACACCCCAGAGUCAGACAUGACUGGACUUAAUGUCAGGGGACUACCUUUACCUUUACCUUUUAGGUGCAUUCUUUCUACAGCAUUGCUAAAGUUCUGGUGGUGAAAAUUAGGGGGUGCUAGGUGCUUUCUUGGGGAGCCCCCGGUGGCGCAGUGGGUUAAAGCACUGAGCUGCUGAGCUUGCUGAUCGAAAGGUC